AGAGAGCUGUAAAAAGGAGCAGUUCGUACAAGUCUGAGCAGAGAAAACUCAGGAAGAACUUUCUCUUCUUAAUUCUUCCAGGGAAGCUCUCCUUUGAUUGCUCUCCUCUUCAUGGACUGUUAGUUCAUUGUUGGUGAUCUGGAGGACAGGACUACAAGAUAAAGACAUUAGUUAAAAAGCUCAGCUAUUAAAUAAAGAAGACGGUGGUCGACAGAUUUACUGAACUUUAUGUUUUAAGAUGGAAGAUAUUGAAAAUUACACCAGUUUACAAGAGUUCACAGAAGACAUCUCUCAUAGUGGGAACAGACCCAUACUCACAUCACAGGGCAAACAAGGUGUUCAGAAAGGGACGAAGUGUUUGAGGGGACAGGCUUCUCUUGUCCUGCUCAUUGCUCUAUUGACCUCAGUUUGUGCAAACAUAGUACUUGGCAUUUUCUUGGUAAACAGUCGCAGAUCAUCAGUCACUGUAGAGCCAGUCAAGAGUGAUGAGUCUGAGGCUGGGUCUCUGUCUCUGAAACUUACUACCAUGCAGGAGCGUUUCUCCCGCCUCUGCUCAGAAUACACAACUCUUGGACAGACUUGUUCAAAACCGGUGAUCAAAUGUAUGCCAUGCCCAGAGGACUGGAUGCAUUUAGAAGGGAGGUGUUAUUUCUUUAGUGAGGAUAAACUUGACUGGCAGCACAGCAAAGAGAGCUGCGCGUCCAUGGAUGGCCAUCUGACAAUACUGCACAGCCACGAACAACAUCACACCCUUGAGGGUGUCGCACGCAAUCAUGGUGGAUUUGACUACCAUUUCUGGAUCGGCUUAUCAGACGCUGAGACUGAGGGAGUGUGGAAAUGGGUGGACAACACAGUGGUUAAUAAGACGUACUGGAAUGAAUGGCAUAAAGAGCCCAAUAAUCACCAGUCAGGAGGGGUUCAUGGAGAAGACUGCGCAGUGCUGGACUCGCAUUCGAAAACCUGGUUUGACGUGCCCUGUGAUUUCAGUUAUAAACGUAUCUGUGAGAUGGAUCCUAUCACCUUUAACAUUUGAAUUGAAAUUGAAAUGUGUAAAAAUGUAGCCUAUAUCUAUUUUUCUAUUGCCCUCCUUCUUUUAAAUAAACAGUGACAUUCUCAGA